CUCGGCGUCGUAGUACGCGCGCCCGCCGCGAGGGGAGCCCGCGCGCGCGCGCGCGCCAUUGGCGGCGGCGGGAGCCCACGUGACGUCACGACCGCAGCCGGCGGAGCUGCGUGUCGCGUGCGCAGCUCGGCCAGUUGUGCCACGCGGCUGUGCGCGCGAGGUCGUCUCCUCAGCGCGGCGUCUCCCUGGAGCCACGAGCGCGGAAGAUGCGGGAACUACGUGAAGGCAAGGCGACGUACGGCUCGGCGCCGCACCUGCACGAGCGCAACGGCGCGGCGCCGGCGCGACGCAGCGACCCCCCGCCGCCCCCCGACCCGGCGCCCGUCUACGCCGUGGUGCCGCCCGACGGCGGCUGGGGCUGGGUCGUGGUCGCCGCCUCCUUCUGCUGCAACCUCAUCGUGGACGGCAUCAUCUUCACCUUCGGCGACACCUUCCUGGAGCCGCUGGCGCUGCACUUCGACGUGCCCCAGUCGUCCGUCACGCUGGUGGGCUCGCUGCUGGCCGGCUUCUACCUCAUGGCGGGGCCCUUCGUGAGCGCGCUGGCGAACCGCUACGGCUUCCGGCUGGUCACCAUCGCGGGCAGCGCCAUCGCCACGGCCGCCUUCGUCGCCUCGCUGUCCGCCUCCAGCCUGGAGCUGCUCUGCCUCACGUACGGCAUCGUCGGCGGGAUCGGGUUCGGCAUGAUCUACGUGCCGGCGGUGAUCACGACGGGCUUCUACUUCGAGAAGUGGCGCGCCAUCGCGACGGGCAUCGCCGUGUGCGGCUCGGGCAUCGGCACCUUCAUGCUGGCGCCCGUGGAGGGCAAGCUGCGCGACCACUACGGCUGGCGCGGCACCAUCCUCAUCCAGGCUGGGCUGGUGCUGAACUGCGCCGUGUUCGGCUGCCUGUUCCGGCCGCUGAGGCCCGUGCCGGUGGAGGCGGGGCCCGAGCUGGCGCCGCUGGUGGCGCCGCGCGACGGCGAGCUGCGCAAGUGCCACUCGCAGGCGAGCGUGGCCAGCGACGGCCGGGCGGGGCGGCGCUCGGCCAAGACGCACAACAACAACGCCUACCCCACGGCCGCCGAGGCGCUCGCCAGGAGCUCGCGGUCGCUGGCCGGCUCGCACCACGCCGACGAGGCGCUGCGGCCCGUGGAGGAGGAGGACGGCCGUCGCGAGGACCACGAGGACGAAGACGACGCCGCCCGCGCGCUGGUGCAGCAGCAGCAGCAGCAGCACGGGCCCGCGUCGAGGCGCGGCUCGCGGCGGAUCCGCACCGCCUCCGAGAGCAGCGGCGGCGGCGGCGGCGGCGGCGGCGCCAAGCCCUUCUACCGCGACGACAUAUUCUUCAGCGCCAGCCUGGCGCGCCUCCCGCAGUACACCUCGCAGACCUCCGUGUCGUACCACGUGUCGGUGACGCGGCUGCCGACGACGCAGGACCUGGAGGAGCAGGAGGCGGGCGACGGCCGCGUGUGCACCGAGGCGCUGCGCCGCACGCUCGCCACCAUGCUCGACUUCUCGCUCUUCAAGUCGCCCACCUUCCUCGUGCUGGCCGUGUCCGGCUUCCUCACCAUGAUGGGCUUCUACAUACCCUUCAUGUUCCUCAAAGAACGGGCGGCGAAGAGCGGCAUGGAGGCGACGCUGACCAUGUUCCUGGUGUCCAGCAUCGGGAUCACCAACACAGUGGGGCGCGUGCUGUGCGGCCUGCUGUCCUCCGUGCCGGGCACCAACACGCUCUUCAUCAACAACCUGGCGCUCACCGUCGGCGGGGUGGCCACCGUCCUCAGCGGGCUGUCCAUGUCCGCCGGCUACCAGUUCACCUACACCGUCGUGUUCGGCCUCGCCAUAGCAUGCUUCGCAUCACUACGUUCGAUCAUCAUUGUCGACUUGAUGGGUCUAGACAACUUGACAAAUGCCUUUGGCCUGCUGUUGCUUUUCCAAGGAAUAUCUGCAACUGUAGGAUCUCCCAUUGCAGGCAAAUUCAAGGAAGCUACAGGGAGCUAUGACGCAGCGUUUUACAUGUCAGGAUCACUCAUCCUUGUCUCGGCGAUCUUGUGCUACCCUCUCAACAGGAUAAACAAGUGGGAGAAAGAAAGAGCAAGUGGUCGGAAGAAGGCAGAGUGCAUAUGAAGAGAGUUCUAAGCAGGUCAUGCCUAUGACCUGUAACUUUUGUUUCGUGGACACGAGAAGUCUCCUUGUUAGUGGAGCUGUGAUAUGUUUGUAAGUUCUCAAUGCUUUUGCACCGGUUGGAUGCCAUCUCGGCGGCACGACUCUACCUCGCCUGUUUAGCAGAUAAAGUGAAAUAUUUUGGUGUUGGCCUUCUAAGCUAGACAUGUUCAUUUGUAUGAAAGGAACAGCCGUGGAUUGAUCAGACUGAUAAGUUAGAAUUCAUUGAGGAAUAUUUUUAUGGUGUGCUCAGAAACAAAGUAAACAUGUCUUCCAGCAGCCAUUUUAAGAAGGGUAACUUAAACAUUCCAUUAAUUUCCAAGAUAUGUUUAGUCAAGUGAUAACUUGUCUAGGUACGUGUAAAUUUUCUAGUAUGAAAUGCUUUUUGUGACAUCUGAAUUGUAAAGAACUUUAUAAAAAAUCAGAAUUUAUAAUUUUAUAAUAUAAAUAUGUUCAAAGAGAUUAUAGAGUGACUUAGGGACUGAAAUAAUUCUGACUAAUGCAACUAAUGGUUGUCUAUCUUGCAGACAUUACACACAUUAAGUACUUAUUGAACUUUGUGUAGGUACUAUAGUUUAUUAAUAUUUUGGUAAUAUGCUGAGGUGAUAUUUAUUCAUGUUAUCUUGCAAAUUUGUUGCAUGUAAAUAGCAUAACAGAAAUCGAUCUUAUAUUUAUGAAAACGUUAACCUAAUAUUGUUGACAUAUUCUAGUCACAUCAGUUUGAAAGAGAAAGAAAUAAAUAUUUUUGACCACAGGUUAAAUAUAAUACAUAGGUAAAAAUCAAUAAACUAUUUUAAUCUGUGGAGUUUUUAAUUUUUUUUGGUGCAAAAAUUUGUUAACAUUAGUACAACUUAUGUGUUCAAAGUGUGCCAUCAUAAUAUGUACAGAAAUAAAAUUGCAGUGUUAAAAAAUAGUGAAAAUUUUUUGUUAACAUAAAUGGUUGAAAAAUAACCUACCGGUUAUUUUAUUGUCUCUGAUUGUAGGUACCGUACAUAUAUUAUUUGGAUCUAAAAACAGUAAGAAUGUUCAUUUCUUGUGUGUGCAAGUUUCUCGGUGUGUAAAAUGUGGAAAUACCUAUUUCUACAAAGUAUAUUGCGUGUGUAUCAUUUCCACAUUGCCUAUUUUAAAAUGAUUGCCUGCAAUUAUUAACUCUUUUCUUUUUUUUAAGACUUUUAACAUCAUUAUGGUGAAAAUUUAUGUUUGAUCUGUGUUAGCUCUACAAUAAUAGGCUAUACAGUUUUAAUUAAUUACAAUUUUAAUCCCAAUAUAAUAUAAAAUACAAUACUACAUUGAUUUAAGACAAGGCUAAGAUUUAAGUAUGUACAAAAUGUUAGGAGGAGUCAUUAAAUGUGUUUUAAAAUGUUUUAAAAAACUCACACAAUGACUUGUCAUUAAGUAAAACCAGCAUGAACUUCUUAAGAACACAACAAAGUUAUUUCUUUAAAAAUAUCUCCCUGUUAUUUUAUGUCUUUGCAGAAAAAUUACCGUAAGUGUUCCGUUACGUAAAAAACACCAUAAUUUUGGAGUUUCCUUAAGAAUCGAGGGCGUAUUCACAAUUCAUUCUAAAUAUUAUUUCCAUAAAGGUUGGUUCAGUUAAAGAGCAAUCAAAUAUUUAUGGUGUGUUUAGCCUUAGGAAGGACAAUUUUCCCUCAAAGUUGUCCUUUGAAAUUUCCUGCAAUUCCUUUGUACAUUCACGUUUGCUGUCUUGGAGAAUGUGUCUUAUAACAGACUAAACAGUUAAACGGUCAUAGGUAAAAUUCACUGAACAAAGAGUUUUGCAGAGAAACCUGUACCUUGUAAUAUCAAUUUCUAAUAUUAACUGGCAUAAAUUUACGAUGCUCACCACCAAAGACAUAGUAGAUGCUAUGCUCUCAUUUAUUAAAAGCAUAUUGAAAGGAACUGAAUUCUACAGAAGUGUUCAAUAAAGUAGCUAUUUCAUUGUUCCAAGUUCUGAAUGAAUUAGCUCACUGAGUGUUACACAAUCAUGUACAAUAAUCUGCAUGCUCAAAAGGUAUGUCGGCCUAUUAAACUGUCAUAAAAAUAAGCUUAUCACUUUUUGAGAGGAGGAAAAAAACAUGAUUUGAGAAAGUUACCUAUGAAAUGUACUUCAUUAGGUUCAAGAAGGGUUAGUAUCCUAUAGUUACAACUUUAUUUUCAAUUUAUAACCCAUUUUAAUUAGAAUAGUUAAUUUUUGUACUUAAAUAAAAAAUAUAUAUAAAUCGUGGAAUGUUUAAAUCUGAUAUAUUUCAAACAUGCAUUGUAUUGCCUAUAAUUUUAUGUUGUGAAAUGUUUUAAUGUGAACAUAUUUUUGUAUGUCGCUUUUAUGAAUUACAUAGUGUUGAUAGACAAUUCAAUAGAUGUUACAAUAAUUGUAUAUAAAAUGGAUUUUAAAAUGUUGUUAUAAACAGUUUAAAAAAAAAAGUUACAGAUUAACAGAAAUAUUUUUUACAAUAAAUUUGUUGCUUCAUUA